AUGGAUCCAAUCAAUGUCAAUGUUAACAGUAUCUUUUACAAAUCCUACUCAGUAGAUCCGGAAUCUGAGUAUCCAAUAUAUGUCUUUGACUCAACUUAUCUUCCCUCUUUCAAUGUGGUUGAUGACAAGCAAGUUUAUGAGCUAUUAAUCGAUGGAUUAAUGGACAAAGUAUUGACGAAACUCCCUGCUGAACCGUUUUCCUUAGUUGUGUUUAGUUCGGGAUUUACCACAAAUGAUAUAAGCUGGGUUUAUGGCAUCAAAUUAUAUUCAAAGGUACCGAAAAAUGUGAGGUCAUUAAUUCAGAAAACGAUAGUGGUUCAUGAAUCAUUUUUUGUAAAGACUGUUUUCCAAGUAUUGAAAAAUGCAAUGAGGAUCAAAGAUUUGAGCAACAAAGAUUCAAAUACAGAUACAGUUAUCCACGUACCCUCAUUAACUGCUUUAGCAAACCAUUUAGACAUUACUCUACUAAGAAUUAGCUUGAAUGUUUAUCUCUACGAUUAUCAAUUUAAUGAAAAAAUAACGAUACCAGAUCAAUAUACGGUCAAUCCUGGAAGUAUAGCGAACAGACAAUACAGACAAUUAAUAUUUGAUCGUAUAUUCAAGAGGCUAAAAGUGGAAGGUCCGAAAUCUGAGCUCGUUUUUCAAAAGCCCGGAUCAUACAAAAAAAUCAACAUUUUGCUGGAUGUGAUAGAGAGAAACCAUUAUGUAGAUCUCUCUCAAUGGGAUAUCUAUUCUCUGGGAUCGGUGUUCUUAAACUUUUUGAAAAAUAAAAGCAAACCACUAAUUCCCCUUGACCUUAUACCCUUGCCAGUGACAGAUGACUUAGAGUAUACGAAAACAACCUUCAAAUCGAUAACAGAAUAUAAUGGGUAUUACGAUUUGGUAAGAGCAGUUUUCCCUCUUUUCAUUGACUUCCUUGAUAAUAGUGAUGAAACAAAGCAUAACCUGAAGACAUUGAGUAAAUCUUUGACCCCAACUUUAUGUAAAGAAAAAGUUUCGAUGAAGAGCAGCGACAAAUUGUCGAUUGGUACUCGUUUCAUUAGGAAUCUACUAUCACAGUUCUAUUUAGUCAUUGAUGAACUUGAUUCGAAAAAUGCUCCAGCUCUCCCGGCAAGAAUAAUAUCUUCUACGACAAUAACUCCUCCUGAGUUACCCAAGCCCAGAAAAGCAAGUCCAACCAGAUACACAAUCACUUCGCCAACCCCACCUGAAACGACGCCCGCUGUUAGGCCAAGAUCUUCCUCUGUUAAACAUACCCCUCCAUCAACAGAAUUGGGCGUAUCAGCUUCAUCGUCCAAUGUUUUACAAGAACCAAAUGCUCUCCCUGUUAUUAAUUUAACAGAAGUGCCAACGUUGGAACCUCCAUCUCCGUUCAUCAAUGACUCCAGAAACGACUCUACAAACUCUUUUGACAGUAAUGGCAGUAUGCAGAGGGACAGACUACGCUCUCCGACAAGACAUUUGGGUAAGGACAUUAUCACUGAUGCUGAUACAAAUGGAGUGGAUGAAAUUGUGGGAUUAACCGACCUUUUAGAUCAAUUGACUAUUGAAAAGAAUGCAAAGAUUCAAUCAUUUGAUAAAGAAAUGAAAAAGAAAAAGAUGAUACAGCAAAAAUCAACGAAUGCUACCAGAUUUUCUAAUGAAGGUUACGCAGACAUAUCUAAGGGUAGCAAGGUGAGCAAGCUAGCAGCUCUUUAUGAGGAGCGUCUACAAGGUCUACAGGCCAUUAGUGAUCUUAAAUAG